AUGCGUUCAAAAUCAGUUAGUCAGUUACGAAGCCUCUUAUCGCAAUGGACAUGCAUUAAUCACAUCCAUUGCUACGGCAUUGAAGAAGCUGGUGUCCUUGGAGCCAUAGAACAAACUCUGACCGAGCUAAAGGCGAAGGAUGAAUCCUGUUUGUACGUAAUCGUGAAUUGCCUUCUUGCGAAUGGAUCAGUGAGAAUACUCAUCGAAGAAUUGCUACGCGAGCUGAAUCUAAAAAGACAUGGGAAAGUGGAAACAAUUGAAGCGCUCGCUAAUUUUCUGGCAGCUCACUUAUUUUCUUCGAAGAAGAAAGUCAGAUUGACAAUAGUAUUAGAUCAAGCCCAGGCUCUCUCAUCUAUUCCAUUACUUACCCUAAAAUGUCUACUCUCUCUUCCAAAAUCGAUGCCUUUGACAUGUCAGCUUUCUCAAAAACCGUUACUUCGAUUUGUAACUUGCAGUGAGUUAUCAUGGAACUGGAUCCACUUAUUGAACACUAUCUCCUGGCCUGUUUCUAUAGCAUUUGAGAGUCCCACUGAGGGUAAUUUCUUUUCCCUUAAACUGAAUGCAAAGUCAAUGUUUACUAAUGUCAUUUUAAAAUGACU